AAACUUCGAACACAGUGGACCCGAACGCGAGGGCAAAGAGGAUAGCUUUCGGGUUGGCGUGGUGAAGGAGAUGAUGGUGGUGCUGUAGAUCUGCAGGUGAGGCAGAAGGGUCUUGGCAGCUGGAGUGGUGUGGAGGAUUUCUGGUAUGGAGCAGGUGGUUGUGGCCGAGGCUUGGGAUAUGGGAGAGAGCUGCGGAGAGGGGGGAGCUGCUGGCGUGGAGGAAGGCAGAAGAGCAAUGGCCAGAAUACCAGAAGCUGGCGCAACGGCCGGCCGAGGAGGAAGGCCGGAAGCAACCAUGGAAAUCUUGCAGGACUAACUUGCGAGAUUUGUUUCUCAAACUGCACCGCGUUUCACCUUCCCAUUCGUUCAUAAGCUUUAAAUCUCGCUGUUUGGUGCUGCGAGAUUUGUUUAAAUCUCAAACUCCUGCUCGUGCCACGCGUCACUUUCUCAUUCGUCAACAAAUCUCGUAGCGCCAAUCAUGGAAAUCUCGCAGGACUAACUUGCGAGAUUUGUUUUUCAAACUGCACCGUGCUUCACCUUCCCAUUCGUUCAUGAGCUUUAAAUCUCGCUGCUUGGUGCGGCGAGAUUUGUUUAAAUCUCAAACUCCUGCUCGUGCCACGCGUCACUUUCUCAUUUGUCAACAAAUCUAGCAGCGUCAAGCUGCGAGAUUACGUGAGCAUUCUUUUGGAAAAUUUUUUCCCAAAUAGAGUAUUAUUUAAUAUUUUAUUUUAUUUUAAUUAUAAAACAGGAAAAAACUGCCUAUUGCCGUGGUUGGGAUAAGUAAUUUUGAACCAAACAUCGCCUAAUCCCUGUGAGUCGUCUCCAGCACCACACCCGUAUAUUCUUCAAUCCGCAUCUGGGUUUUCGGACGGGUGCGUUCCGUGUAGUCAUUCGACUCAUUCCUCCUCAGCUACCUCUCUCCGGUGAAGACCAGAUCUGCUUGUUGAUAAACAUGGCGGCUCCAGAGGUUCUGCAGAGCGAGGAAGUCGUACUCCUCUCAUCUCCCCUCUUUGACGAUCAAAAGGGAGAGAAUACGAAAUCCCGAGGACUAUCAAUUGAGAAGAAAAUCGAAUUUCUCGAGAGCUUAACUGGAAGAGUUAGCAAUCGAAGAUCUCGCAGAUGGUUAAAUGAUCGAUUAUUAAUGGAACUUGUUCCACGUUUAAAUGGAGAAGAAAUUAGAGGCUUAUUUGCUCCACCGCCUUGGGGUGAUGAUGCUCCGUUGUCACCAUUUUGCAUGACAAAUGUGGGGGAAUGGGACAAAUUUAGGAAUAUAGACAUGGAUAAAGAGGCCCGCAUGAUUGAAGCCCUGAAAAACUCUCCAUCAAAGAAGAAAGGUUGUAUUGAUGGCAAUAGGGUGGCUGUUUUGAAUGCGUGGCAUCGAGUAGAUUGCAGAACAAGAGAAGCGCUCCGUCGGAGCUUUCUUUCAGAACUUAUUGAGGGCUAUGAGGAAUGCUUGCGGGCAUUCAUUAAGGAGAGUCGAGAAGAUGUUUUGGUGCUACAUGUUCAAGAUCCUUUUCAGAGGUUAUUGCUGCAUGGCGUUUGCGAGAAGGUGGAAAACUAUGCAAAUAUGCGUGUAGAGAGAGAGAGAGAGAGAGAGUUGUUUUCAUAUGACCUAUUAUUUCUAGUUAAUAUCUAAUGUUUGUUUGAAAACUUGGUCAUCGUCAAACAGUUCUAUGACUUGGUCUCAGUAACAGUUGGUGAGUCGAAGGGUGCAGGCUCUUCAAAGAGGACGAGGAUAAUGAAGAAGAAGAAGAAUGGUUCUGCUGAGCUCCCAGCGGUGACCCUGUCCCAUUUUCUGAAAAUGUCCAAGGAAGGGAUCUGGUAGCCAGGAAGGUCCCCAUCUUGUUAAUAAAUAAAGAAGAUAAAGGUUUAUUAAUGUUUGGAUGUAUUGUACAUUUAAUCUGCCUCAGUUGGCAACAGGGUCACCGUAUUUCACCUGAUUCAUUUGAUUGCGGCUUUUAGAAUGCCAUUCAGUGUCUCGUGAAUGUCUUUCUGAGAACAACAACCUAGACUCUGAAUUUAAAAAUUUGUUUUCUUGUAUUGGUUUUAAUGGACAUUUUCGGGCAUUAUCUCC